AUGACCAUCCUUGAAAAUCCUGAAGACAGCCUUGCAAAACUAUGGGCCCUCAUACAAGAGCUCAGCGACCAGCUAAAUCAAAACCGAGACGUGUCUGCAUCCAUAUACCAGCAAGCCGGAGGAAUAAAGAAGACUCAAGCCAUCCAUGCUCAGACAGGCUUUGUGCUGCGACGGUUUAAUCUGGACAAACCCAAAGAGCUGUAUGAUGCUGAACUCGAGCGUAUGAACGCGUCGAUGACUGCAGAAAACAUUGCGCUACAACACGAUAACAAACAACUCAAUGCCCUUAUUCGGGAGUAUGAGCAGACCUUGGAGACUCUUAUGAACACAUUCCGGAAUCGCGCUAAAGAUGUCCAAGAACGUGAACUGGCGCUAUCACGAGAAUACGAAUCACAGUUACUUGCGAGACAAGAGGAAUGCGACACUGAAGACCUCAACUCCAGCACAGUCGUUUACACAUCACUUAUGAGAAUAUCUCACGUUUUGCGCCAACUACUUCGUGCUCAUGGCGGAGAGCCGCUUGAACCAGACCCUCCAACUCUCGAAACAGAGGCUGGUCAGUCAAGACAGCUCAGUGUAGAGGAGCGCGAGCCUUGGACAACCUUGGCAGCACGAGAACCGUGGACCUCGCUCGAUGCAACUGGCGCGGACUACGCGAUGGAACGAGAGAUUGAACUGUCCAGAUUGGAGAAAGAGAAUGAGGAGCUGCGGCAAAUGUUGAGUUCGACAUUACCACCCCAAGCCAACGGUUCACACCACACGCCAUCCCGGCGGCAAGUCGGGCAACAACAACCCAGUCACUUGAGACAGCCGUUAGAGAUGUAG